AUGGCGCCUGGAGCUAAGAAGUCAGUAGGAUUCACUUGCAGCGUCCCAGGCUGUUUUAACAACGAUAAACGCAACAGGGGUAUUUCUUUUUAUAAAUUUCCCAAAGACAAGAAACUGAAAAAAAUAGGGCUUCAACAAAUUUCAAGAAAAGACUGUAAACCGACAAAUGGUCAUCGAGUUUGUAGUCAACACUUCGAAGGUGGUAAGAAGACUUACUUGAACAACGUUCCAACAGUAUUUCCACUCUCAAAAACACACCAAAAGGUGAAUACGGAACCUCGAAGAACGCUCAUCCGUGUCAACACAUCAGCGAGGACGGCUAAUACGAUCCCCUCUGACAGAUCCAGCGAGGCAGUAAAUAUUGAAGGUGGGAAAGAGUUAACUGAUCCUGAUGCUCCACUUGCUGCUGAACUCAUACAAAUGGAGGAGAAACUUGAAAAGUUACAAAAUGAAAUGAAAGUGUUAUCUAUCAAAAAUGAAGGUUUGCAGAAUGAAAUAGAAAGCUUGAAAUUUGGAUUCCAUCGAUUUAUUGGUUAAGAUGAUGGUAUGAAUUAUUAUACAGGAAUGAGUUCUCACCACUUUCUCGCUCUUUUUGCAUUUCUGAAUGCUGGAGACAUUUGUUCACGCUUAAGGUAUUGGGGCUCAAACAACUCGAGCAUACAAUUUCCUGAAUUGGAGAAAAAAGGCCAGAAACGCUCAUUAGAACCAAAAGAUGAACUUUUUUUUAACUCUGGCUCGCCUCAGGGUGAAUAUUCCCGAAAAAGUUCUGGCUGA